CGUUGUGGGCCGUUAGCUGUCAGGAGCCUAGCAGCAGGCGGCCGGGAUCCGACGUCUGUGCGGGGACUUAGCUAUCUGAGCCCCGUGCAGCAACCACCCCGACAAGCAAGCGCCCCGAGGCCCGGGCUGCCUGCCAGGUCACAGAGUCGAGCGGAGACCUGUGGGGCAGUUGGCCGCGCAGGCAAGAUGGGGAACCGGGAGAUGGAGGAGCUGAUCCCGCUGGUGAACCGUCUGCAGGACGCCUUCUCGGCGCUGGGACAGAGCUGUCUGCUGGAGCUGCCGCAGAUCGCCGUAGUGGGCGGCCAGAGCGCCGGCAAGAGCUCGGUGCUCGAGAACUUCGUGGGCAGGGACUUUCUUCCUCGAGGCUCAGGCAUCGUAACCAGACGACCUCUUGUACUCCAGCUUGUCACCUCUAAAGCAGAAUAUGCUGAGUUUCUACAUUGCAAAGGGAAAAAAUUUACAGAUUUUGAUGAAGUUCGCCAUGAGAUUGAAGCAGAAACAGACCGAGUAACAGGAAUGAAUAAGGGCAUCUCUUCCAUACCCAUCAACCUACGAGUCUAUUCUCCACAUGUGUUAAAUCUAACGCUAAUCGACUUACCUGGAAUAACGAAAGUGCCUGUGGGAGACCAGCCACCAGACAUUGAGUAUCAGAUCAGAGAUAUGAUUAUGCAGUUCAUCACAAGGGAGAACUGUCUGAUUUUGGCUGUCACCCCAGCUAACACUGAUCUUGCGAACUCGGAUGCGCUGAAGCUAGCUAAAGAAGUUGAUCCUCAAGGUCUGAGGACCAUUGGUGUUAUCACAAAGCUGGAUCUCAUGGAUGAAGGAACUGAUGCCAGGGAUGUGCUGGAGAACAAGCUGCUGCCUCUUCGAAGGGGCUACGUGGGGGUGGUCAACAGAAGCCAGAAGGACAUAGACGGGAAGAAGGACAUUAAGGCAGCCAUGUUGGCAGAAAGGAAAUUUUUUCUUUCUCACCCGGCUUAUAGACAUAUUGCUGAUCGUAUGGGGACCCCCCACCUCCAGAAGGUCCUGAAUCAGCAACUUACCAACCAUAUUCGAGAUACCCUACCCAACUUCAGGAACAAACUUCAGGGACAGUUGCUCUCCAUUGAACAUGAAGUCGAAGCCUUCAAAAACUUCAAACCGGAAGACCCCACGAGGAAGACGAAAGCUCUGUUGCAGAUGGUCCAGCAGUUCGCUGUGGACUUUGAGAAGAGAAUCGAAGGGUCGGGGGACCAAGUCGAUACACUAGAGCUCUCUGGCGGUGCUAAAAUCAAUCGCAUUUUCCAUGAACGCUUUCCCUUUGAGAUAGUGAAGAUGGAGUUCAAUGAGAAAGAAUUGAGAAGAGAAAUAAGCUAUGCAAUCAAAAACAUACAUGGUAUCAGGACAGGGCUGUUUACUCCAGACAUGGCAUUUGAGGCAAUAGUCAAAAAGCAGAUAGUAAAGCUGAAAGGGCCUUCCUUGAAGAGCGUGGACCUGGUAAUGCAGGAAUUGAUCAACACUGUGAAGAAGUGUACCAAGAAACUGGCUAACUUUCCCAGACUCUGUGAGGAAACAGAAAGGAUUGUUGCUAACCACAUCCGUGAGCGAGAAGGGAAGACCAAGGACCAGGUCCUGCUGUUGAUUGACAUUCAAGUCUCGUACAUUAACACCAACCAUGAAGACUUCAUCGGCUUUGCAAAUGCUCAGCAGAGGAGCAGUCAGGUUCACAAGAAAAGCACAAUUGGAAAUCAGGGAACCAAUCUUCCGCCUUCAAGGCAAAUUGUGAUUCGUAAGGGCUGGCUGACCGUCAGCAACAUUGGGAUCAUGAAAGGAGGCUCGAAGGGCUACUGGUUCGUCCUCACUGCAGAAAGCUUGUGCUGGUAUAAAGAUGAUGAGGAAAAAGAAAAGAAAUACAUGCUUCCACUGGACAACCUGAAAGUCCGGGAUGUGGAGAAGGGCUUCAUGUCCAGCAAGCACAUCUUUGCACUCUUUAACACAGAACAAAGGAAUGUAUACAAAGACUAUCGUUUCCUGGAGUUGGCCUGUGAUUCCCAGGAGGAUGUGGACAGCUGGAAAGCAUCUCUGCUAAGAGCUGGGGUCUAUCCAGAUAAAUCUUUAGGAAGCAACAAAAAUGAAAAUGAUGAAAAUGGCCAAGCAGAAAACUUUUCCAUGGACCCACAGUUGGAGAGGCAAGUGGAGACCAUACGCAACCUAGUAGACUCUUACAUGUCAAUAAUCAACAAAUGCAUCCGAGACCUAAUUCCAAAAACAAUAAUGCAUCUGAUGAUCAAUAAUGUUAAAGACUUCAUCAACUCUGAGCUCCUAGCACAAUUAUAUUCUUCAGAGGACCAAAACACUCUGAUGGAAGAGUCUGCUGAGCAGGCUCAGCGUCGGGAUGAGAUGCUCCGAAUGUACCAAGCCUUGAAAGAAGCCCUUGUGAUCAUUGGUGACAUCAACACGGCCACUGUGUCAACCCCAGCCCCACCUCCAGUAGAUGACUCCUGGCUCCAACAUUCCCGCAGGUCACCUCCUCCAAGCCCCACCACCCAAAGGCGGCCAACUCUAAGUGCUCCCCUCACGAGGCCCACAUCUGGCCGUGGACCAGCCCCUGCCAUUCCCUCUCCAGGUCCCCAUUCUGGGGCUCCCCCAGUCCCAUUCCGCCCUGGCCCAUUACCUCCUUUUCCCAACAGCAGUGACUCCUUCGGAACCCCUCCGCAAGUUCCUUCCAGGCCCACGAGGGCACCCCCCAGUGUUCCAAGCCGGAGGCCACCUCCAUCGCCAACUCGCCCCACUAUAAUCCGUCCACUAGAAUCCUCACUGUUAGACUAAAUGAAGUGUCUGGCAUGGCAAUUAAUCACUAAUGAUUUAUGCAAAAGCAACAUAUUCUGUAACCUUUACAGUCAACCAUGAGUAGUCGCAUGUAUGGACAUCCAUAGGCAAGUAGCCAGUUUUACUAAUGUAUUCAUCACCCAUCUUCAUUGCUCAUGGUAUGCCAGACCUUUGGGGUUUGACUGAAAAACUGCUAACCUGUAGAGAGACUUAAUAUGUUGUACUGACCAAGGUAGUUUUGUAUAGCAGUCCUAUACUUUGGUACCAUUUAUCUAUCCAACAUAUAUCUGAAGAGUUUUCCAAAUUGUCUACAAAGCAGCUUAUAACAAUUCUUGACAGACGUAAGAGUGAGCUUAGAGCCACAUCAGUUUCUCCCCCACAUUCUGUUUAGGAUGACAGAGAUUCUGUUGUCUGCUAUUGACGCCACUGCCUGCUCCAUAAUUACCUAUUUAGACUUCUUCCCCGUCUUUAUUCCAUAAGCCCGCUAGGAAGCGAGAUUUUAAAAUUAGAAUUGUUUAAGAAGGAAGCUUUUCAGGAGCUUGAGGCAGUUAGCAAAGGGAAAGUCUACAGGGUUUGCUCUAAGUAGGGAGCUUCUCCCAGUGCCAAGUGUGUUUUGCUUCAUGUUAGAAGCGCAAGCAACAAUGCCUGGAUUAUUUGGUAAUGACCAAAAAUCAGUCGAUAGAUUUGGCUACUUCCAGAAGGAAGAAGCAAAAAUAUCACCAUUCUAAAGUGUCUGUGGAAAUAUUAUCUGUUUAUUAUCUCAUAUAUUUACCUCUCUGUAGGCUCUGAUGAAAGAAGGUUGACAUUGAAAAUGUUUAAUUUUACAGUUGUUUUUUGACAUGGGUAUCUAGCUCUAUUUAGUUAUUAUGACUAUUAUUUCAGCUGGAGCAAAGUUAAAUGUAUGUUAAAACAUGAUUCCUAUGAUUUACAUAUAAGUGAUUAUGCAAGAAUCCCUUUAAAACAACUAGAAUGUCUCUACCCAUUCCAGACUCUCUUAAAUCUUGCAAUGUAAUGACACAAUUGCAUUGGAAGUGUGGUCCCUGUAUGCAAACUCAUCAGAGAUACCAUGGUUUAAGAGCACAGCUCACAUGUUUACAGAUGCCCUGCUCCAGCUUGCUCCCAAAAAUGCCUUUGCAAUAUUGAGCUGCAGAACAAAUUUUCAAUUUCUACAAUUUCUAAAAUUUACAAGAGCAGUCUAGCCUAGAGGUUAAUAGUUCAGCCUUGAGGCUAAGUUUUAAACUACCUAUGACCAGAUGAUUAACAUGUAGGAGACAGCUAGAAGCCAACUGGAAUUCUGUCUGCGAACUGCUCCCAGACAGCAGAGACAUUCACUGAAUUGUGCGUCCCAUGACAUUAUUCCAUAUUCACAGAAGUAAAUUACGUUUUUCUAACUGCAGUGUCUCCCUUUGAAGGCAGCAAACAUGAUUUGUAUGUGAAUUCCAUUUUAAUUUCCUGUGCAGUUUCUACCCGAAGCAGGUAGAAACCAUGACAUAAAAACUUUAACCAUUAUUAAAAAAAAAAAUUCCAAGUUAAAUGGCAGUGCAUUGAACUUACUCUAAUGGGUUAUAUCCCACUUAUAACUGGAAAAAUUAGAGAACAUGAAACAUACAAAAUGGAUAUUUUCAAAUUUUAAGUGACACAGAAUAUCACUACUCUUCACUUCUCUCAUUUUUCCCAUUGGAAAAAACAAUCCGUGACUAGAACUCUCACACACGAGAUGAACAUUGUCUUUGAAAAUGGUGUUCCAACUAAAUGGAAAAACAUUAAGCAAACCUUCAUAAUCAAACAACUAAUGGAGAGUGGGGUCUUCUCAUGAAACUCCCUGUUUAGGAUUCCCUUUGCUUCUUUGAGUUCUCUAAAAUAGGCAGCUAAUGAAUUAGAUGCUUCAGGGUUUGACUAUGUACUUACUGUGGUUUUGUAUCUUGCUGUAUUUCAAAAUUUUCCUUCUGUUAGAGGAAAAUAUUGCAGAAAACCACUGGUGUGUUCUCAGAUCAGCACAAACCAAUGUCAAGGAAAAUUGGGGAUUUGUCUCUCCAAGUUUCUUCCCACUGAUCUUAGACAGUCGUAAACAAUGGCAUUUGUCAUCUUUGGCUUUUGCUUCUUGAUCCAUAGAUGCCUUGUCCCAAAUGUCUCCAUCUGUCAGGACAGUUUUGUUCUCUUUGCUACCAUGUUAUAUCAGUGGCACCCAGCACCUCUCACCCCCCACCCCACCCCAGAAUUCCAGCAAUGGCAUUCCAGAAUAUUUUCAGUUUAUUGCAGUUCGAAGGGUUUGCAUCCUGCUAACAGGAGACAACAACGUGAGUGGAGCGUGACAUUCUAGAGUGUAGAGUUUGUGGAGUGGCAUGCACAUCAGGCCUUAGGAUGGGAAUGUAAGCUCAAAGGGCCUUACAUUUCCCAUUCCAUUUUUAAUCUCUUGUGCAACCUCCUGAUUGAUGAUUCUGAUGAUGUCAGCACAAUAGAUGUAGCUCUAUCUUGUCUAGCAUAAUAAAAAAAUAAACCCAGUGUUUCUAGGAUUUGAAAAAAAAUAACUACUUGUUUGAUUAAGUAAAUCCAGUUUCACUGUUACAUGCUAAACUUUGCAUGCAUGUUGACUAACUGGAAUAACAGUUUACUUAAUUGUGGAUGGGAUAUGAAACAGUAUUGAUUUAGAACAGAUAUAUUCCCCAAAAUCAUCUACUAAGAAAACCUUCUUGAAUAUUGCUUUUAGGUGUGUUUUAUAGCAUAGAAGAGCAGUAGGGUCUAUUUGUUGGCAAUUUCACUGUUUGUGCAGAUUCAUACUCAGUCUAUCCAAAAGCAUAAUAAAACAAUUUCUGUGUUAUAAACAUUCUGAAUUUAGAAUUAAGUAGCCACAUAGAUUAAUUUGUGAUUUUUUUAGACUGUAGCCAUAACUCUAAAAUAUGAAAUGGGACCUGAUACCAGUAUGUGACAAGUGUUGAUGUUCUCUGUGUACUUAUUUUCUCUGCAUGUCUCUAGGAAUAUACUAUAUACAUAGUAAACAUCUAUUUCAUGUCCUUUUUGAGUAAGUUCAAAAGCACUUGCUAACAUGCCAUUAAGCAUGAAUGUGAUAAUAUGUGCAUUAUAUAUAUAUAUAUAUGUAUGAGUAUAAAUAUCAGUGUAAACCUGUGCUCAGUAUGUAAGAAUAUGAAUAUAUUUUUAACUGUGCUAAUGUAUGAUAUAUGUUGGGAAGAUCUGCCAUACCUGUGAUUACAGUAGUUCAUUUGUCAUAACUUACAUGAGAUACACAAGAUUUUCUAACUCAUACUGUAUAUAUUCUGAGGGGCACAAAGCUUAUGAGAACUAGGAUGAGAUAAAGUGAUGAUAACCAGGACAAGGUAGAGUAAUGUCUAUAAUCAUUAGGAUUGAAACCCACAGCACUGCUACCUAAAGGCAUUACCCUUUGGUGAUACUCUGAUUAAAAAGUAUAAGACUUGGAAGCUUUUCUCUAAGGUCUCUAGUUAGAACUGUGUUAUUUAAAGAUUGUUGAGUUGACUUAAGAAGCUAAGUUGAUCUGUAUGGUCAUUUAUUCUCUACAGUAAAAGUUAAAAGAAUACAGAGAGGUAGCAACAUAAUGAAAGGGAUGGAUCUUUCUGAGCAAAACUGUAAAACAUGCAGGGAACAGGUUACUUAACUCCUUGGAGGUAUGUUAUCUACUCUUUCAGGUAAACCUUUUGCAUUUAGCAAACUAUAUAAUUACUUUAAAUUGAUGGGAAUCUCUGAAGGAUGGAGAAUAAAGCCUAAACAGAUCUCCAAACUGUCUUAAUUCAGUGAGAAAUGAUUGUGUGUAAGACUCAAGCCAUGAGUUUUACAUCAUUUCACCUAGGACUAAUUUUAGAGAAAUAAUGGAUAGUUCAUCAGAUCAUUUAGUCUUUUCUAAAUAACUCUAUUUGUCUUCUAGAUACUAGGCUGUCUAUCUAGCUGAUGUGUUUAAAUUAUGUGGUGCUCUGUAUGUGAAACUUUAACAAUAUUUUUGAAGUAUAUAUAGAAUAUGCAUUGUUAGUUGUGUAUAUAUAAAUACAUGUAAGAAUAUUUAUAUGUAUGAGAGCAAGAGACAGGAACCUCAGAAUCUCCUGUUUAAGAUCUGCUAGUACUGGUAUACUGGUGAGACUUCUCAUUCCACUGGUCAAGGGCUUCACAUGUGGCUCAGCUCAAGGCAUUAAUUUCCUUAUUGCUUUUACCUUUAAAUCCCCUAAACUUUACUCAUAAUAUUUUCAUAGUAUACAAAAAUUACUCCACUGUCUUAUACCGACUGCUGCCAAUCUGUGGAAAUCAUUUCUCAGAAACCCUACCACUAUGACCUUGUGGGCUUUACUUUCUAUGCACAGCUUUUGUUUCAUGAGCUUGUAAAUGUUCCUCUUCUCUCCCUGUUCUGAGUCAAAUUUCCCUUUUGCUUUUUUAUGAAUGAUGAGUAUAUAAAAGUCAAAGCUUGUCUUCUCUGUUUAUUCUUUAAUUAACAUGUCUUUUUGGCACUUUUGGGAUUUCUUAAUGCUGGAUUGAUAUGGAUUCUGUGAAUGGGAUUUUUGAAGCAAAUUCCUAAAGCCUGUAUCAUCCUUGAAGGUCAUGUACCUAGUGUGAAAAUGUGAAACUGUAUUUCGAACCUGAAAUAAAUUAUUACAUUUGAAGGAA